ACUGAAGAGGGAAGAAAGGAGUGUGUUGGUGUGGAACGGUCUUGUUGUGGCCAGUGGUGGGCUGGUCUGGUGUUUCCUGUCCAUUCAAGGGCAUUCCAUCUGCUGAGACCUGGACAGGAGAGAGACAGCGGAGAGGAGCAACCAGCCACAUAGGUCUCACUGGGUUGGAGAGAGAGAGAGGGACAGGGAAGGAGGGAGAGACGCAGAAGGAAGGAGGCUACGAGGGGAGCCACAUGGUCUCAGUCCCACAGGGAGCUACUCUUCUGGGGACAUUAGACUGACGAGCCACAGUAGUCUGCUACUACCAUGGGGGACUGGAACCUGCUGGGGAAGCUGCUGGAGAAAGCCCAGGAACACAGCACCGUAGUGGGAAAGGUCUGGCUCACGGUCCUCUUCAUCUUUAGGAUCCUGAUCCUGAGCGCCGCAGCAGAGAAGGUGUGGGGGGACGAGCAGUCAGGGUUCACCUGCGACACCAAGCAACCUGGAUGUGAGAACGUCUGUUAUGACAUCACCUUCCCCAUCUCUCACGUCCGCUUCUGGGUCCUACAGAUCAUAUUCGUCUCCACGCCCACCCUCAUUUACCUGGGUCAUAUAUUACACCUGGUGAGGAUGGAGGAGAAACAGAAGCAGAGAGAGAAGGACGCAGAUCGGGCCGGGGACAAACUGGAGACCAGAGCCUGUAAAGCCCCGGUGAGGGACGACAGUGGUAGGGUUCGACUGAAGGGGGAACUACUGAGGACCUACGUGUUCAACGUCAUCUUCAAGACGCUGUUCGAGGUGGGCUUCAUCGUCAUGCAGUACCUGCUCUAUGGCUUCCAGCUGCAGCCCAUGUACACCUGUGACCGCCCGCCCUGCCCCAACACAGUCAACUGCUACAUCUCCCGACCCACAGAGAAAACCAUCUUCAUCAUCUUCAUGCUAGUAGUGGCAGGUUUGUCUCUGUUCCUCAACCUGAUAGAGAUGUACCACCUGGGAUCCACUAAGUGUCGCCAGGGGAUCAAGUACCACCGGGAGGAUCUGAGCUCAGACUCUGUCUCCAAGGAGCCCAGCGAGGUGGACGAGGCUGUACCCUACGCUCCCAGCUACGACCACUACCACGGAGGCCAGCCAGCCUACCCCCAACUCCAACCAGACCAGCAGGUCCAGCUAGCAUACCCUCCUGUCCCCAGCUAUAACAUGUCCCCGCUAUCUGAGGAGACUGACUCCACCUACCAGCCCUACCACAACAAGGCAGCCUACAAGCAGAACAAGGACAACCUGGCGGUGGAGAGGAGUGGCAGCAGGCAGCCGGAAGAGGAGGGGGACUUGAAAGGGAAGAAGGGUGGAGGAGAAACAUGGGGGGUCGGAGCCAGGUUCCCCAUCUCUAGCCCGGGCUGGACGCACCACUGCUAAACACGGCAACAACAAGACCAGAAUAGACGAUCUGAAGAUCUGAGAGGGGGGUUAGGUUGCUAUGACGAUGUCUUAGGUUCCUUCCGAGGGUCUUAUGUUGCUUGAAAGGCAUUCUUAGGGUUCUGCCCCAAAUGGCACCCAAUUCGCUAUAGUGCACUACUUAAGACCGAGGCCUGUGACAGUCCAGAGCUCCGGUCCAAAGUAGAUCACUAUAUAGGGAAUAGGGUGCCAUUUGGGACACAGGUGUGUCCAACAGAGCUGACGCCAUCCUGC